AUUCCGGUUCACUGAGCUAAAAUUAUCCACAUUACAUAGUUUUAUUAAUGUUUAGAGCACUUUCAUCUCAGUUCUUCAUUAACAGUAAUGAGCUGUAAAAGCACGCUUUUAGGCGCAUCUCAUUUUUUACAACUGUCACGAUUGAAUCAUCUAGUGACUUGCAUUUGUUUCUGGGUUUGUUUAUAUUCUGAUAUAACAAUUUACUUAUUUAAGUGGUCGCGUACACCGGUAAAAUUCAGUAGUGAUUCUGCGGUGCGUACAACAGGAUAUUUCGGAGAUUUAAGAAAAAUGGCCCCCGUCUACAAAGUUCACUACUUCGAUAUCCACGGAAGGGCCGAGCCUAUCAGGUUGUUGCUAACAUACGGCAACCUGAACUUCGAGGAUAAGCGUUAUUCUCAGGAGGAAUGGGCCAAGUUCAAGCCAUCUAUUGAUCUGACAACACUGCUUCUUCAUCUCAACUAUCGUGUUCUGAGUGUUUUAUGACGCUCGACAUCACUGUCAAACAAAAGAGCAACUCCUCUUGGCCAGAUGCCAUGUCUCGAAGUAGACGGUAAACUUAUCAACCAAUCGACACCGAUAUGCAGAUACCUGGGGAAAGUUGUUGGUCUUGGCGGCAAAGAUAACUGGGAAGACUUACUUAUUGACGUGGCUGUUGAAAAUUUGGGUGACCUUCACAAAAAAAUUAUGGAAAUGGCAUUUGAGCAAGAUGCAGGGAAGAAGAAAUCUAUGGAAGAGGAUCUAGUAAAAAAGGAUCUUCCAUUCUUCCUUGAAAAAUUCGAAGAGACUGCAAAGAAAAAUGGUGGAUACUUCGCGCUCAACAGGUUAAGCUGGGCCGAUAUAAUGUUCACCUGCGCUUACGAGACCUACAAGAACGUCAUUUCUACUGAUGUUUGGCCAAAAUAUCCCAAUCUCUUGAAGGUAAAGGACAAUGUUUUGAAGGUCCAGUCACUUCAGGAUUGGAUCAAAAAGAGGCCUGCCAACAAGAUGUUCAGCAAAUUCGACCUCAAGCAAGAGCUUUAAUAAAUCACUGCUGCAUUUUGAUGUUACAGUAUUAUGUAAUUUUACAAUUUUGAUUUUUGUAAAAUUUUUAAACAUUUUAUAUCAUUGGAAUGAAAGUAUAACCAUUAUAAGUUUACAAAAUCUGAAUAUACGAAUUGUUUGAAUGUUGA